AAAAGACUUCUCAUUCACCGAACGAUCAUGAAUUUCUGGGUUGGUUGGGCGCUCUGGCAGAAACUGAGCUUUGCGCUCGCAGGUCUUCUGGCACUGGUACUGGUGUACUCAUUCAUCGUCCUAGCCUACAACAGGCGAAAGACACAGAAGUAUGCCACCGCCGAAGCACGACAGAAAGCAGAGAUGCAACCCAUGCUGGCCGAACCAAGCGAGAUACCGUUUGGUGCUAGAGCUUUGGAGAAGGGAAUUCAAGUAGAAGGCAUAUGGACACCCGAUUGCCGUUCUGCGAGACAGUCCACCACUCACUCGGGUAGUAGACCUGAAAGUAUUGCGUCGGCACCCAAGCCGACGUUGAUGGCGCUGACAGGAGAUGAUAUCCAAGGUCUUGAGCGGACAUACCAACCGGCACCUAGCCCGAGCCUCUAUGACCAGUGCAACUCCCCCAAGGUUCUAGACAUUGAAUACGGACAGUCAGAGUACAUCUCUCUCUCGCCAACCAACCAGUCUCUACAGCUGGAUGGCCCCAUUAGUAUUGAACCGGAAUGCUCUCCAGAUCUAGACAAGCGUCGCUCAAGGUGGUUUGGCGCGCGAAGCUCGUGGGUCAAGAAGCCCUUCGAUAGCUACAAAAGAAGAUCAACACCAGAGGGGCUUCGCCGCACUUCAUCGGAGAGCUUCAGAAGGAGAAUCAGCAAACUCAUAGACGAGAAUAUCCGGACAAACCCAGCUGAAAUAUGUCAACUAAGAGCCAUUAACCAGGAGACGCUCGAAGGCCGUAGAACGCCCUCACCGGCGAGGUCGCAAGGCUUUUCAAAUGCCGUGUUAUGAGGUGCGAGACUAGGUUGUUUUGCCAGUCUCCCAGGCAGCCUCUGCCGUUGACCAUGUAACAUGCAAUGGCAACAAUACUAUCGAGGGGCCUAUGAACGAAUCGUUGGAUAUCAUUUAGUCAUUGAUAAGCCUCGGUUACUAUGACGAAUCAUGUUGCGAAACAAAUGCACGACCGGAAGCGCGCAGGACAUGCAACGGAAACAAAAUGUAUCUCUUUUCCUUUCGUUUGUGAUACAGAGCAAGUAUGUGCUUCAUAUGCAAUAAGACAGGUUUGGCCUGGCAGUUAC